GUUGUAGUGAAGUUCGCAGACAAAGACAUCCCAGGAAGUCCGUUCGCAGCCGAGAUCUUCCCGAAGGGCACCGAUCUAGGCGACGUGAAACGAGAACGCCCGGUCGUAGGCAAACCAUGUGAUGUCAAACUCGAUAUCCCGGAUGUUGAUGUUGAACGUGACUUUGAUGACCUCACGGGCACACUGAGGAGGCCUGGAAGCAACAAGGAAGAACCAGUUGAGUUGAGCAAGAAUCCUGAUGGAACCGUCGGUGUCACGUUUACCCCCUACGAACCAGGUGUGUACCUGUUUGUCCAUACUUAGACAGUAUAAUUGCACUUUACGAAUCACGAAGAACUCACUGUUGAGUUUUAACUUAACUUUGAGCUUAAAAGCAUGGUUAGAUCAUACAGAGGUAGUACAUAAUCUUGAAUGUGGGCUGCCUUAAAGUGAUCUGAUGUUGUACAGAACUCACUGCUGAGUUAAACAUGGUUAAAAACCUGCAGCAGACUUGUAACAAUGUUAUUCCAACAGCUUGUCGACAGGAUGUGUUCGCACUGCUUAUUCCCAGCUUGUCGUCCUGCAAUUCAACAAUUUGUCAAUAAGUUGUGACUGACAACCUUGUAGCAACUUGAUAAAAUAACAACAUUGUUACAACUUGUUGACAAGCUUGCUGCAAGCCUUUUGCGAACAUAUCUUAUUGACAAGUUGUGAGAUUUUUACGAGUGACAGAACAAGGUCUAUUCUCGUAAAUAUUCUUGUAAAUUCUCAUGUCCAUUCCAAUUAUAUUUCCAGGUGAACAUUUAAUCAGCAUCAAGAAAAGAGGCAAACAUGUUCAAAACAGUCCAUUCAGCGUUAUGGUCCAGGCCCCACGUCUUGGCGACCUGUUCUCGUCUGGCCACCCUGCUGAAGUAGACCUCAGCAACGUCAAAGGCUUGAACCCGGAGGACUUCGACAAACUCACGGCGACACUACGCCGACCAAAAAGCAAAGUUGACGAGAGUGUUCGACUUAUUAAAUACCCUGACGAUGCUAUAGGCGUUUCAUUCGUGCCCCGAGAACCAGGAGAACAUUUCUUGACAGUAAAGAAGGAUGGUCAUCCUAUCCCAGGCAGUCCUUUCUCGAUCUUAGUUGAAUCUGAAGAACCAGUAAAUGCCGUCAGUGCUCCAGUAGAUGCUGUCCUUGACCUGCCCGGCCUGAACAUGCCCGAUGAUUUCAGGAAACUCAAAGGUAUUUCCAGCUCUUACCUUGUACUUUGAUUCAGCCAGUGUUAUAAGUUGCACCCGUAUGACAUCUCAGUGAAUAUAUUGCAGUCGAAAAAUCGUCUCGUGUUACACACGUAAAAACGCACAAGUUGUUACAAAUCUGUCCACAAGCUGUCGACGAGUUGUGUUCGCACUGCUUGUACACAAGGUUGUAACAAUAUUGUUAUAUCAUGACUGUAUCAGACUUGUUGGAACAACCUUGCUACAAGUGAUAUUAACGAGAUUCUUAUAUAAUACAAGCUGUUAACGACUUGUAACAAGCUUGAUGCCAUUAUCAGACUUGUUACAAGUUUAUUCUAACAAGUCUGAUACAACAAGAAUAACAUGAUAUAACAAGAAUAUUACAAGGUUGACGACACAAGGUUGUCACAAUAUUGUUAUAUCAUGAUUGUAUCGAACUUGUUGGGACAACCUUGCUACAAGUCUGAUAAUAUCAACAAGCUUGUUACAAGCUGUUAGCAACUUGUUCCAUACUCGUUGACAACUUGGGACAAGCAGUGCGAACACAACCUGUUGACGGCUUCAUGGCAGACUUGCUACAAGAUGUGAGAUUUUUACGCGUGUAGGUAUUAACUCAUAAUUUCAUUCCUAACGUGUCAUGUUCUUGUUAAUUCCAGGUACCCUCAAACGUCCUUCCUCAAACGAAGAAGAACCCUUACAGCUCGUGCUCAACUCGGAUAAUUCCCUAUCAGUGUCAUUCAUCCCUCACGAAACUGGCAAACAUUUAGUUGGUGUGAAGAAAUUCAACCGCCAUGUCAACGGUAGCCCAAUCCCUGUGAUGGUGACAUCCCCUGAACCUGUGAACCGUUCUGGAGUGCCCUGUGGAGUGGGACUCGAGGACAUCCCCGUUGAAGACCUACCAAAGCUUGAAGCCGGACUCCAACGUCCCGGAUCCAAUGUCGAAGAACCAAUAAGAAUCAAGCAAAACUCCGACAAUACGCUAUCCGCGUCCUUCGUACCUCAUGAGGAAGGCCCACACAAGCUUCAUGUACGCAAGGACAAGAAGCCCUUGCCACAGAGCCCGUACAUUGUGGAUGUCCUGGGUAAAGACAAGGUCGAAGAGGUUCAUCCCGUUGGACGAACGUGCGAUGUCGGAUUGGAUAUUCCUGGCUUGGUUCUUCCCGAAGAUUUUGAUAAACUUGAAGCGACGAUCCAGAGGCCGAAUAGCGACAAAGAGGAACCAUUGAAUCUUGAAUUAUAUCCCGAUAAUACUCUUGGUAAGUCAAAAUUGUUACUUGCCCACGUCAAAACGCACAAGUUUUUACAGACCUGCAAACAAGUUGUUAUAAAUCUGUUCACAAGCUGUCGGCAAGUUGUGUUCACACUGCUUGUUCCCAGUUGUUGUAACAAGUUUGAAACAAGCUCUUAACAACUUGGAACAAGCUUGAUGGCAUUAUCAGACUUGUUACAAGGUUGUUCUAACAAGUCUGAUACAGUCAUGAUAUAACAAGAAUGUUACAAGUUUGACGACACAAGCUUGUAACAAUGUUAUUAUAUCAUGACUGUGUCGGACUUGUUGGAAUAACCUUGCAACAAGUCUGAUAAUAUCAACGAGGUUGUUACAAUUGUCAUAAGUUGUUCCAUACUUGUUGACAAAUUGGGACAAGCAGUGCGAACACAAAUUAUUAACAGCUCGUUGACAGACUUGUUACAAGAUGUGAGAUUUUCUGAAUCCUACCAAAAUUUGUUUCUUAAAUAAUUUGUAACUUUUCAGGCAUUUCCUUCGUGCCGUUGGAACCAGGCGAGCAUCUGCUCCGUGUGAAGAAAUCUGGUGAGGACGUUCCCGGCAGUCCUUUCGCCGUCAUGGUGGAAGCCGCUGAAGCACCGAACGCGGUCGGCAGACCAUGUGACCUCCAGCUUGACAUUCCCGAACUAAACCUGCCCGACGACCUACCGAAAUUGAAGUCCACAUUACGACGACCUGGUUCAGAUGUAGAGGAGCCAAUCAAAUUGAAAGUUUUGUCUGAUAACACCCUCAGCGCUUCGUUCGUUCCCAAAUCUCCUGGUGAACACUUGAUCACGGUGAAGAAGAACAACCGUCACGUGACCGGAAGUCCAUUCCCUGUCAUGGUAACCGCUUCCGAGCCUGCAAACAGGUACAUAUAAAAAUUACUGAUCUUGUGGAUAGCACAUCCUUUUGAAUUUAUGUAUGACAAAAAUCGGCUUGAUUUGUGCAUGGCAGAUAUGUAAUAAUAAGAUUAGAAUCUUUUGUAUGUUACGUAACACGCGCUCAAAACUAACGAAUAUACUUUUCAACUUGGUUACGACUAUAUUCAAUUUUUUAAAUUUUUGAUACGUUUCUUAAGCGACAAACAAACUCAAAAAGUAUGUUUAGUGCUUUAUCGAUAAAAUAGUACUAAAAUGAAGAGAUUUUAGAUGGCACGCCAAAGAGAAAACGAUGUCUGAAGUUCAGUAAGUUUUGCUUAUAUUGCUGUAUAAAUUUGGCGUCCGUUUUACAGCAUCAAUGAUAAUUGCAUUUAAAUUGACGAUAUGUUUUUAACUAUUAUUUUGUGUUUCUCAACCGCCAGAUACAUUUAAGGUUACAGAACACCUUUGAGUGUUAAUUUUGCCUAAAAUUUUUCUAUUGGUUCCAUGAAAGCAUUAGACUAGUUCUACUAUGUGACAAUGUUUGGACGAAAAAUGUUGAAAACUCGCAGAGUUAUUUAAUAAAAUACAUUUCGCGUGCAAUAAGAAAAACAUUGAAAAUGUAAUAUUCAAAUUCAAUUUUCUCGCGAAGAAUUUUACGGCAAUUACUGAUUUUUAAACGAGUUGUGCUCCUGCGGGUUUUAAUUCUUACAUUAUUUUAUUGUUUGUCAAUUUUACAACUUUAUCAUAUUUUGCAUGCACUGGCUAACAUUUGGUGAAAAUUUGAUGAAAAUCGGACUGAUUUUGAGCGCGCAGUAGCGAUUUUCCACAAAACGCCAAAAAGGGCGUCCUGUAACCUUAAAAAGGUUGCUAACUGUGUAAGCUACAAAAUAAAGCUAAAACAAAGUAAUUUUGAGAGGAACGCCAAAAAGAUUUCAUGUUUUGAAAACUUUUCAUUGCAAAUACACGACAUAGAAAAAAUGCCUCAUAAUAAUUCACUUUUAUAAUUCUCAACAGAGUUGGCCAGCCUGUCGGUGUUGGGCUUGAAGAAAUCCCCGUCGAAGAUCUACCCCGACUCGAGGCAGGAAUACAGAGACCUGGAUCCGAAGUUGAAGAGCCAGUCAGAAUCAAGCAAAAUUCCGACGAUACCUUGUCAGCGCAGUUUAUUCCACACGAGGAAGGAGUUCAUAAACUUCAUGUGAGAAAGGACCAUAAGCCUCUGCCGGAGAGUCCGUAUUUGAUCAAUGUUCUUGGAAAAGAUGUUGUGGAAGAGGUAAUGUUUUAGUAGGUUUGUUCAGAGGAAUGGGUGACAGAUGUGGUUAGAGCGCUGUCUCUUACUGCUGAGUCAAGCUCUGCUACUGUAGGUAGAGGGUAGGGUAUUACUUUAGGAAAGCAAGCUAAGGAUGACAAAUGUGGUUAGAGCGCUGUCUCUUACUAACUAAGCCUGCCGGUUAAGCUUACUAGUUCCUUCGAUAUAGCAUUGGACUAGUAUUCCAAAGGUCGUGGGUUCGAUUCCCACCGUGGUCAGGCAAACUUUUCAGCUUGCCCGGUGUGGAUGCACACUCAGAGUAACACCACAGACAUACUACAUAUACCGUCGACUGCUGCUUUGAACACACCAAUACAACCAUCAUAACUGUUACACAACCGUUGUAGGUGCACCCAGUUGGAAGAACAUGUGACGUAGGUCUGGAUAUACCUGGUGUGGUAUUACCAGAUGAUUUCAAGAAACUGUCAGGAACAUUGCAGAGACCACGAAGCAAGAAAGAAGAACCUGUGAGUCUGGAACUGAACCCCGACAACACCUUAGGUAUGUUGUGGAAUAUUUUGUGUGAUUGUUCCGAAAAGAUUUUGCCGUCAUUUCCAAAUUUUAAAUGUAUUGAAACUUUGUCCAUACCACUUCGUACACACGUAAAACUUCUCAUCUUGUCAACAAGAUAUGUCUGUAACAAACUCGACGAAAAAUGUUAUCAAGUUGCUACAAGAUUGUUGCUCACAACUUGUUGUCAGGGGUGAUAAAAAAUUGUUGCAACAACUUUGUAACACUUGUGUUAUGAGCCUUGAAACAAGUCUGCCGGAACCUGGUAACUACCUGUUAACAUGCUGGGAUGAAUAAGAACACAGCUUGAUAUCAGCUUGUUCAAAAAGGUUGCAGGCUCGUUUUACGUGUGUACUGUGGAAGGUUUGGAGAAAACCAACGGUCCCAAAAUUCUAAUAAUUUACCAACGUUGAUUAACUAACAAUGAUGAUUUACUAACAUAAAAACAUUGAUUUACUAAAACCAUUGAUUUACUAACAAAAACAUUGAUUCACUAACAAAAACAUUGAUUCACUAACAAAAACAUUGAUUUACUAACAAAAACAUUGAUUUACUAAAAAAUAUUGAUUUACUAACAAAAACAUUGAUCACUAACAAAACAACAGCAACAAUUCAUUAUUUUGUCAUGAAACUAACAUUGCUUACAAAAACAUUUUACAUAACACAACAAAUGCUCAUUUAUACAUAUUUUGUCACAUGCGCGCUCACUUUUACACAAUUAUUUGUAGUACACUUGUUCAAGCGUUCUCAUUUCGAUACAUGCAUUCUUAUUUUCUAUCGUGUUGUAAGCAAUCUCAAACGUGCGUGCAUAUUUGCAAACGUGCGUACCUAUUUUCAAACGUUCGUACAUAUUUUCAAACGUUCGGACAUAUUUUCAAACGUUCGUACAUAUUUUCAAACGUUCGUACAUAUUUUCAAACGUCCGUACAUUCGAAUGAACGUGCGCGCUUAUUUCACAAGUUCACAUCGCGCGCAAAGCAUUGCAAACCACAUUGUAGAAACCAAUUCGAAUUCGCGCAGAUUCACUCAAAUCGAAGAUUCACAACAUUAGUUACUGAUUAUUCUUGCAUAUUCUUUACUAAUAAUACAGUUUGCAGAUCAUAUACGCAGCCAUUUCAAAGUGCUACUAAAUUUACCGUAACACGCGAUCUCGUCUAAUUAAUCAAGCUUACAUGUUGAUUUUUAAAAGGUAAUGUGUUCUAAUGGAGAUCUGCUAAUUAUUGUCAAUGAUCUCAAUGAUUUAUGUUCAUUUGUAAUGUAAUUUUGUUAAUUAUAAACAAAUAUGUUGUAUUCUAUAUUUGAUUUUACUAAUGUGUACUAAUGCUUAUAAUUUUGUAAUAAUCUUUUUGUGAUUUGCUAACGCAAAAAAAUGUUGUAAAUUUUAAUCACUUGUUAAGGAAUAUUGUAUAAUGAUUGUAAUGUACUAAUUUAUACUAACACUGUAAUUUUCUUGAUAUUUAAUAAUUUCAAUGUACAAAUCAUACAUCAAUUUGAUUAACUAAUUUGUAAUUAAUACUAAUGAAUCCUAAUAUGGUAUUAAUCUGGAAUUUACCAAUGUAAUUGAAUCUAAUGAAUGAGAAAUAAUCAUCAAUAUACCCACAGUAUCCCGAAGUUCCUACCCCAUCUUUGUUAUCCAUUGUUAACCAUUGGCCAUUAUAUGCAUUCAGACCAUCGUACAUACCAAUGUGUACCUUGUAUACCCCUUACUAACCUUAUAUACCCUCAAUUAUCCCCAUAUCAGGCGUGACAUUUGUACCCAAAGAGCCCGGUACCCAUUGGGUACGCGUCCGUAAAUCUGGAGAGGAAGUCCCCGAAAGUCCCUUCCCGGUCAAGAUUGAGCCUGCGGAACCAGAGUAUGCGGUUGGCGCUCCUUGUGAUGUGCCAAUUGAUGUAGAAAAUUUGAAACCCGAAGACCUGCCGAAACUAACGGCGACCCUGAAGAGACCUGGAUCCAACGAGGAAGAACCCGUCCAACCAAAGAUCACAUCCGAUGGAAACCUCAGUGUAUCGUUCAUUCCUAAAUCCCCAGGCGAACACUUGAUCACGGUCAAGAAACGUGGCCGUCCCGUACCCGGCAGUCCAUUCUCUGUCAUGGUCACGGCUCCCGAGCCAACCAACGAGGUCGGUAGACCGUCCAAUUGUCCACUUGAGAAUAUUCCGGCGAAAGAUCUUCCAAAACUUGACGCAGGGUUGCUUCGACCUGGUUCCACAGUUGAGGAACCUGUGACCAUCAAAAAGACAUCCGAUGAUAAUCUUUAUGCGCUUUUCAUUCCACACGAAGAAGGACCACACAAAAUCAAUGUUCGCAAAGAUGGCAAACCUGUUCCAGACAGUCCGUAUGCCGUGGACGUCGUUCCUAAAAAGGAACAGAAGCCUGUGGAAGAAGUGUACCCGGUUGGCCGACCUUGCGAUGUUGGCCUGGACGUUCCAAGUGUGAACCUACCAGAUGACUUCAAGAAAUUAACUGGAACAUUACAGAGACCGAACAGCAAGAAGGAAGAACCUGUGAACUUGGAGCUCAAUCCUGAUAACACAUUGGGUAAGAUUUUGAGAGUGUAUGUAAGUUGAAGGUAGUUGGUGAAGUUCUAAAUCACACACACGUAGAGGUCCAGUUUAGCUUGUAGGAUUUUUCAUUUUUCAGAAGAUUAGUGGGAAGCGUUUCUUAUAACCUCCUGACGAAAGGGCUUUGCCUGAAAUGUCGAAAUGUUUUUUUUAAUUGUUUUUAGAUAGUUCAGACACACACAGACCUUAGGGUUUUGUCGAUGGUAUGGAGGGAUGAUUUUGUCGUAUUGAAAUAGGUCACGGUGCAUGAUUUAGCAAAAUUUCGUGUACUUUUAUAAUGCAAAUUUCAAAGUCAUUGUGUAUUGUCUAUUGAGUUUCUAUUGCCCAAUUGAUGGGGGAUCCGAGGUACCUACGAAUUUAACGUCCUUAUCUGAGAAGACGCGAAAGUCUAACCAUUUAUUGAUGUCAAUGUAAAGGUAGCACUUUCUUCUCAAUUAUUUUAAGACCUUGAGUAGAGGUCCAACCAAGAAGUGAACCCGGGUCGCCCAGCUGGGUGGUGAAACGCAAAGUAUUCAAGGUGGUGAAAAGCAAAGCAUUGAAAGCAAAAGGCAGUUUAAAAAAACCUGCUUGUAAUUUUGUCAAAGUUAUCAUGGAUCUGAUCGACAUCAUUUUAACGCUAUUAAUGGUUGUUUAACUUUUCACAUAUGACUUAUUUCAAUGCAUCAAAAUCAUCCACUCCAAUCAAUCAUCUGGCAUUAGAAAGAAGAGUUGAGAUAGUAAAGUUUUUAUCAGAGUUUAGUUAUUAAUGGGAAAGGGUUGGCACACAUCCAAAACUAGUCUUAUGGAAAUGAAUCGGCUGAAACUUGUUUAUGCCCGUUGUCGCCCACACAUCUCCCAUAUACAGCUGAAACGCUAGUAACUUUCCUUGUAUGGUAACAAGGCACGUGAGUUCUCCGCAAAUGUAGGCCUGUUUCAAACGUCACGCUUCUCAUGUGCCGAACGCAUUAAAAACAAUAGAUAAUCACUGAAAUGCCUCGUUAUCUAAUGUUUCAAAUGCGUUCGUCACAUGAGAAGCGCGACGUUUGAAACAGGCCUAAGUUUGUUGACAACGGGUUUAAGUCUAGGGUUCUAUGUUAUUCUAGUAAAUGCACCGUAUUUGCACCGUAGUGAUGUAAGAGAUAUAGCUAUGUUUUAAUCGCACAAAAUUUACUAAAAUAAAUGCAAUGUUCAGGAUACUGUUCACGACAAACAGAACUGAACUGCAGAUAAAGUUAAAUCAAUCUGCUAGGGCGCACAUUAUUCAGAUAAAAUCCACGAAGUGCGCGUGCUAUCGCAUAAAACUGUAAUUGUAAAGCCUCGAGAAUGUCACCAAAACCAAAUCAAAUUUCUAAAGAAGAAAUCAAGUGAUGCACUUAAAUCGUAUCUCGCUAUUCUCGCAUAUUUGCGACCUCUCUACCAUGCGUUCGCUGGCUGGCAGGUAAACCAGCGUGAAGUAGCUGUUAUAUUCGCACCAAUAUUUAAUCAUACUUGCACCAUUUCACGUGGUACGGUUAUACCAUUAUACUUGCACCAAUGCAUCAUUGCUAUACGCAUGGCGAUACUACCAUUACUAUACCAUCGCUGCUUAAAAUGUACUUGCACAAUUUUAUCAUCGUAUACGUGCGAAAAUGUAUCAUUCCUUGAUACAUGCGUUUAUGGUUUCACGUACGAGAUAUGCACCAUGUAUAUACGGUCGGAAAUGUACGUACGGUUUAAACAGGGUGUUAGCUAGCCCAUAUAAUGCCUGUUUGACGGACUCUUCCCAAUUGAAGUCGCUAAGGGGCUUUCCCAACUGGGUGAAGAUUUUCAUUUUUUCUGAUGAGAAAGUGCAUUGCGUUUGAUUUUAUAUUGUAUCAAAGAACGUUUUAUUUACUUUUUCCCAUUAACUAUUUUCUCAAAAUGUAUCGCGUUUCAUUCAUAUUGGAUGUGUAUUCACUGAAAUGAAAUGUACAAAACAAAGUGUAAUCGGUGUGCAUCCGUGUUGAUGCAUUCACCGGAUAUGAAUAUACAAAAUGAAAUGCAAUCGGGUGCAUUUUUCAGUGUUCAUUCACCGGAAAUGAAAUGUACAAAACCAAGCUACCGUUGUUUGGAAAACAACUCUAUUUAUUCCUACACAAGGACGUUGAUCGGUCAAAAAAACUUUCCCAAUUUACCGGACAAAACUUUUUUUCUGGCUAACACCCUGGGUUAUAUUUGCACAAAUAUACUACUAUGGUCCAAAGUUAAAAACAUGCAGCAACGCUUCUUUCAAGGCCUUCGUCGGUAACAGCACAAUUGAGUGCAGACGAAGCUACCCUGUUUUAAAUAGAAGUUUCGUUCGUGCAUUUUAUAUCAUUAUGGUAUGCCACUAAACUUUCACCCAUAUUUCAUUGUCCAUGGGCGAGCAUAUAGAACACCAUUAAACUUGCACCUAUAAUCACUGUUAUAUAUUUUAAUUCAGUAUAUGUGCAUACCAUCACAUUUGAUCCAGAUUAUCAUGAUUGUUAAGACUGAUUUUCACUAUCAAAGUUUCUGUGAGUAGGAAUUUUGCAUGGGUAAAUUCUAAGUUUUGAAGGAUUUGUAAGAAAUGUUUGAGCUAGGGAACUGAAUCAGUGUUUAACACCGAUUCAGUUUCCUCAAACAUUUCUUACAAAUCCUUCAAAACUUAGAAUUCAUCUAUGCAAAAUUCCUACCCACAGAAACUUUGAUAGUGCAAACCAGGCUGUAUGGUAGGCUAUAUCACUAGAAUGUCGUCCAUGUCUCUGUGGCGUGCGCCAAUCUAUAAGCGGUGUAUUCAAACCGUCAUGCUUGUGCAUCAAAUCACUGGUAUAUAUUUCGCCACUGUACUUGAAUGUUCGUAUAAUAUACGUGACCAGUUCAUCGUUGUUGCGGUAUUGUUAACGAGCACCAAUGUAUCAAUUUACUAUACUUGCACCAAAUAAUGUUUAUCGUUUUGACGUACGUUCCGUUACAAUCGCGCCAUCCUGCUACUGUAUGUAAGCUGUGUACCAUUAUAUAUGCACCAAUAGACAAUUCCCAUUAUAGACUAAUUUUAAAACUAGGCAAGGAGAUGCAAAUAAAUCACCACAGCUAGAAAGAGCAUACUAAAAUGAGUAAAAUAUAGCCUUGCAAAUUUUGUAUUUUGUAUUGCGUGCGGAAAUUGCUACCAUUUUCUGCGCAAAUGUGGUAGCAAUUUCCGCACGCAACACAAAAUUUGCGAACUUUGCAAGACUAUAUUUUCCGCAUUUACAACAUUUCGCAACCAAACUUUGCAAUUUUACUAAUUUUAGUAUGCUCUUUCCAGGAAUAUACUAUUUUUUGACAAGAUAAAAAUAGUCUAUGGUGGGAAUUGCCUAUUCACCGUGUCUGCCUAGAUAUGCUAUGAUCUUGCACCAUUAUUGCACAGCUAACCAUUCUUUGGCUCUUUUUUAUACAAAAUUAUAUUCGCACCAAUAUACUUGCACUGUACGUGUUCGGAAUACAUACCACUGCACUCGUGCAGAAUAUAUCGGAAUGCUGGUAUAAAAUUCACCAUUAUACACGCACCAUAUAAACACCAUACUUGUGUGAAAUACUGAUGAACGCUCACCUUUAUACUUGCACCAAUUCUAUCCAAUAUACGUGCACAAUAUAUCACAAUUAUACAUGCACUGUUCUUAAAAUGGGUGCCAGGGUUUCACUAAGAACUAUCGUGCAGGAAGUACUGAUGAACAGUCGCCAUUAUACUUGCACCAAUAUAAUCCAAUAUACGUGCACAAAUAUAUCACUAUAUUAUUAAGGUCCAUUUCCCUUGGGAACAUUUUCCGCAGAAAGAAAAUUUUGUAAAAAAUGUUAUUGGCCGACAUAAAUUUUCCGUUGGAAAAGAAAACUUUGAAGUUAAAAAUUUUCAGCUUUUUACAACGAUAUUUUUGGAAAAUUUUCUGUCUGUGGAAAAUGUUCUUGAAGAGGAAAUGGUCCUUCAUACAUCCCCCUGUUCUUAUCCAGUCAGUGGGUUCCACUAAGCACUAUCGUGCAGUAGAUCGUGGUCAGUUAACCUGCAGUUAUCAGAGUGAGAAAGUAAUGUUAACAAAGAUAAAGUUUAAUUAAUUGUUUCUAUACCUACAAGUUGACUACAAUCGGCUGCACGAUGAAGCUUACUAAAAUCAACCAAUAGAGCGUUUGCACAUGACGUCACAGCCGCCAUGUUGGUGUUCCAAUUCAAAAUAAUUUUAAUUAGACUCUUGUCAGGAACAUCAACAUGGCCGCCAUGGCUUUUGUUGAGUUGGUCCCUGGGGAAUGAGUGCAAACCCUCUAUAGACAAAUUUCGUUGUUUACAUCGUUACUACCUAAUUCACAACACACAGGCCUAUUUACUAUUAUUCUAGUCUACAGAAGCAUAAAAUAGAACAAAAGUAACUAAGCAUUAGAGUUAUGUAUAAGAGUUGCUCACUCAUGUAGAUAAUUCUAGGGCUUAGUUACCUUCGUUCUAUUCUGUGCUUCUGCAUACUAGAACAUUAGUUGACUAGGCAUGUGAGUUCCCUGUUGUGAAAUGUGUAUAAACAAACAUUAGCAAGAUUUUUCUAUUACUAUCAAAUUUGUAAGAAAUACACUACUGUAUAAAGUUGUCCCAAUUCACCAGUAUUUGUACGUACCUAAUUUACCCUACUUACCACCUUACUGCUACCAUACUAAGAUCCCCUUUAUCAAUUUCUAUCCAUAGGUGUCUCCUUCGUUCCCAAGGAACCUGGUGAGCAUCUGAUCCGUGUGAAGAAAUCUGGUAAGGAGGUCCCGGAGAGUCCAUUCUCCGUCAUGGUAGAGCCCGCGCAACCCAAGUAUGCGGUUGGCGCACCUUGUGAUGUGCCAAUUGAUACAGGUGACAUUAAACCGGAGGAUCUGCCUAAACUAACAGCCACUCUAAAGAGACCUGGUUCCAAUGUGGAAGAGCCUGUCGAACCGAAGAUACUAUCAGACGGUAGCCUGAGUGUAUCUUUCGUUCCCAAAUCCCCUGGCGAACACUUGAUCACGGUCAAGAAACGUGGCCGUCCAAUACCCGGCAGUCCAUUCUCUGUCAUGAUCACGGCUCCCGAGCCAACCAACGAGGUAGAUAGACCGUCCAACCUUCCACUUGAAAAUAUUCCGGCGAAAGAUCUUCCAAAACUUGACGCAGGUUUGCUUCGACCUGGAUCUACAGUCGAGGAACCUGUGACCAUCAAAAAGACAUCGGAUGAUAAUCUUUAUGCGCCUUUCAUUCCUCAUGAAGAAGGACCACACAAAAUCAAUGUGCGCAAAGAUGGCAAACCUGUCCCUGACAGUCCCUAUAGUGUCGACGUCGUUCCCAAAGUUGAGGAACAACCUGUAGAAGAGGUGUAUCCGAUGAACAGACCGUGCGAUGUCGGUAUGGACAUUCCUAGUGUGAACCUCCCAGAUGACUUCAAGAAACUAACAGGAACCCUUGAAAGACCCGGAAGCAAGAAGGAAGAACCUGUCACCUUGGAACUCAAUCCUGAUAAUACACUUGGUAGGUAGACUCUUGUUUUCGUGUUUUAUAUGUAGGUAUCGCUGUCAUCUUGGUUAUCAUAAUUUUGCACACGAUCGUCAUCAUUUGUAUCAUGAUCACGGCAAACAUAAUUAUUUUGAUCAUCGUUAUCAUUCGGAUCAUGAUGACGAUACAUGUCAUUAGAGAGUUUAAGCUUCGCGUUAUACGCCAAACGGAAAACGCCAAGCAAAGAAAAAUUUUACGGUAUCAGGCAAUAAAGAGUAAAUAAACUUGCUGUUUUAAAACUGAAAUACAUCAUUAUUCUUUCGACGCAAGAAAGAAAAUAUGAAACGAAAACGUUCAAGGAAAAUUUUGCCAAGAAAGUUCGAACCUGCCGUUUACCGUUCCCGGAAACGUGAAGCUUCAACUCCCCAUUAUCAUCGCUAUCACAUCAACUUCAUGAUUAUUAUCAUCAUCAUCAUUCGCCAUUAUCAUGAUCGUCAUUACCCUCAUCACCCCAUUAUUAUCAUUGUUCUUAUAAUCGUCAUCAAUUAAAUCACCAUUGGGAUUAUUAUAAUUACCUUUAUUAUCAUCUUUGUGAUCAUCGUCGUCAUCGCAAAAAAUUACCCGAGCAUCGGCACGAGUAGAAUAACUGUUUUAUUAUAUAGACAGACUCUUCAGUAUCACAAUAUUUUGACAGUUUGGCAAUCCACACAACGUAGCCUCAGUACUUCGAAAAUUGCUAAAACUUGAAAUCUUUUAUAUAUUUAAUAUUUGUUAGACAAAACAAGUGCUUGUUGACUUUACUUUUGUAUAAAGAGUUUUUGAUUUUAAAGCGGUUUUGUCAAAAAUUAUAUUCUAAUUUAUGUUCAUGUUUUUAUCUUCGCUCUUUCGGCGUUAUUUUUUUCAAAAAUAUAUUUUUUAACCUGUUUAAAUAUAAAAAAUGUAUUUGCUAACCUGUAAACAGUUGCCGGGAGUUUUUUCAUUGUGUUUUUAUUGCCGUUAAGGCUAUAACAGGGAAUAACUUGCUGUUUUCUCGUUCGCAAACCUCUGGUAAUUCUUGCGCUGCCAUCUUGUUUUCUCCACUAGCAGAUAUGAGCUAUUACCAUUUUUGCACAAGUGAAUAUAACAAAUCCUACAAGUUGAUUGGUCAAAUUUGACGUAUUAAGCUGUUACAUUAACUUAUAGGUGAAUAUAACAAAACCGAAAUUUUCAAAAUGGUGGCUAGCCGUUUUGUGGAAGUUACCGAUAAAGAAAUAAGCGGAAUUAAAAUAAAUUCAGUCCCAAAAAAAAAACACAAAAGACUUGUGUAAAAAUACUAAAAAAAUUAUUCACCUCAGGCUCGGUGAUUAUCGGGGAAUAUUCACCUCGACUUCGUCUCGGCGAAUAUACCCCGAUGUUCACCUCGCCUUCGGCGAAUAAUUGUUAAAUAUUCUGCUAGUAGAGAGCCAAUCAGAUUACAGAAUAGCUUAUAUCCGGUAGCUGUUUAUAUAAUAAUCAUUAUUACCACGCCGAUAUCUCCUGACAUUUGUGUUGUAACAAAGCUGAGUCUUCAUGACGUUAUUUCUUCCAAACUUGUUCCAGUAUAUAAAGUUGGUUUAUAUUACCUUACGUAUAUUACCUUACGUUAAGUCUUACUCUUUGCUUUCUUACUUUUCCCAGGCGUCACCUUUGUACCCAAAGGUCCAGGCGAGCAUUUGAUCCAUAUCAAGAAGUCUGGAAAGGAGAUACCAGAAAGUCCCAUAUCUGUCAUGAUCGAACCCGCUGAACCAGAGAACGCAGUCGGCAGUCCUUGCGAUGUUCCUUUGGACAUCCCAGACCUAAACCUCCCAGAGGAUCUACCUAAACUAACGGCCACACUGAAGAGACCUGGAUCGAAUGUGGAAGAACCUGUAGAGCCUAAGGUAACAUCAGAUGGAAACCUCAGUGUAUCAUUCGUUCCCAAAUCCCCUGGCGAACACUUGAUCACGAUCAAGAAACGUAACCGCCCGGUACCUGGUAGUCCCUUCUCCGUCAUGAUCACGGCUCCCGAGCCCAAAUGCGAGAUCGGUAAACCUAGCAACGUUCCACUUGAAAAUAUUCCAGCGAAAGAUCUUCCAAAACUUGACGCAGGAUUACUCCGACCAGGAUCCACAGUUGAGGAACCUGUGCCUAUCAAAAAGACAUCAGAUGAUAAUAUUUAUAUACCUUUCAUUCCGCAUGAAGAAGGACCACAUAAAAUCAAUGUGCGCAAAGAUGGCAAACCUGUUCCAGACAGCCCCUACAUUGUUGACGUGCUUCCCAAAGUUGAGGAACAACCUGUAGAAGAGGUGUACCCGAUGAACAGACCGUGCGAUGUCGGUAUGGACAUUCCUAGUGUGAACCUCCCAGAUGACUUCAAGAAACUAACAGGAACCCUUGAAAGACCUGGAAGCAAGAAGGAAGAACCUGUAACCUUGGAACUCAAUCCUGAUAAUACACUUGGUAGGUAG